AUGAGGUCUCUCCAGGAGGAGGCUUUGCUCAGAUGUCAGGACGGCCUGAGUCCGCCGGCCCCAGCGCAGCCCUCUGUUCUCUCCUCAGUAGCUCAGAAGGCUGGCGGCUGCCCAUAUAGACCACAAGCCCGGUGCUUCCGAUAUGAGGCACCUGAGUGCCAGAGUGACUGGCAGUGCCCAAAUAAUCAGAAAUGUUGCCAAGAUACGUGCGGAAUCAAAUGCCUGGACCCUGUAACCCUCUCAAACCCAGUGACGAAGCCUGGCCAGUGCCCGGCUGUGCAUGGCGAGUGCAUGAUGCUGAACCCCCCCAACCACUGUGAGAACGAUGGCCAGUGCGUGGACAACCUCAAGUGCUGCAAGGGCAUGUGCGGCAAACUCUGCGUUGCCCCGGUGACUGCAGAAUCAUCAAAAAUUCCCCACAGUGGUCUGGGUGACCACAGAACCCCAGAGCGACAGGAGUUAUGUCCCGAGGAGGUCACACGCUGGACGGCUGGAUCUGACUGUGGGAGCGGGGCCAACUCCGAGAUUGGCGUCUGCGCUGUAGAUGAGUGA